UGUUUGCUCCAUCUUAUCUACACCGGAACACUGUCGCCAUGUAACUGUCAUCAAUCCUUUAAUUACAUAUAACUCUACUUAUAAUACGCUCAAACGUUAUCUAGAAUUCAUGGGCUCUUGCACAGAAUGGCAAGACGUACAAACUUGACCGAAAAAUUCUCAAUACGCUUUAUCUUGAUAAUUCGAGAUAUUUUGACCUGUUUGGCGACACUAGCAAUUGGACGCACGGUUGGUAUUUCUCGAAACUCUGGCAGUCUCGCCCUUUCUUUGGUCGAGAGCUGAGGAUUUAUAGUCUCAAGGUAAAUGUGAUUACAAAUUUCAUACCAGUUUGUGUUUUAGCCUAAUUUUUAGCCGGGUUGAGUGAAAAGUAGAACGUAGGCCCCGGCUAGCUAAAAAUUAGACUGAGGUAUUUUAGGUUGUUUUUAAUAGUAUAGACAUCACAUUCAUUUAAUUUUGCCAAUUUCAUUACCGUUUAUUAAAACUGUCAUGUCUUAUUCUUAUUGCUCUGAGCAAUAAAUGUAUGAAUCUUCUUCCUACUGAGAAUUAUGUGUACUCAGACCUUCAAUUUUCUAAUACUUAUAAACAAUUACUAGUUGCGCAAAAUAAUAAUUUAUUGCUUCUUGUACAUACACGCGAGGAGCUUAGUAAUCAGCAAAUUAUGAUAUGUUUCGAAAUGUUUCGUUAACGUUUUGAGUCCUUUCUGUUCUAUUGAGUCAUUUCUGUUCUAUAUGCGGGAUUACAGGGUUCCUCUUCUCCUGGACACUCUUUUCAAAAAAGAACAAAUAAGACAUACAUGAGCGGGCUUUCUGUGUUGGGGUGAGGUAAGAAGGCUGGGCUAUAGAAGAAAGAGAUAGAGGUACCACAGGAAGCCGAUUAACCGAUGGCAUCUUUUUUUUUAGUUGUCGUAUUUCGUCAAGCCACCAGGGGCAUACUUAGAUUAACUAUCACUUAUAUUAAUUAUUUUUCUUUCUAUUUUUCCUGCCUGGGGCACUUUAAUCGAGUUUCAAUUAUUUUUCUUUCCAUUUCUUUUGUAAUAUCCGGAGCCUUGCUCGAGCGCCCUUGCGCUAUCUGUAUUCUCGUCGGUAAAAAGAUAGUUUAGUCUCGCAUACGCAUAACAUGAAUCUAUGAAUCGCCGCUUGCCGUGCAAGGUCAACAAAUUUUGUUCUUGCCUUCGAUGCCAAAAUAGUUUACGUAAAUUAUCGAAUAUCCUAGAAGGAAAUAUGGAAAUAUAAAUAAUCUUGCCGUUACGCGAGAAGAAAUGAUAUUUUGGGCAAAAUAAAUAUAUUUGUUCAGAUAUUUUGCACCUUUCUUAAAUACGACUUCAGGAAAAUUAUCAAAAAUAUCUUCCACAUAUGUUGCUUUCGGGCCGACUGAUUGUUAUUUUGCAAACAUUUCGUUGUCCCAUCGACAGAUUUAGGGAUACAUGAAUUGUUUCUAUUUAUUUAGCAAAUGGAACAUGAAAUGUUGCUUUUAGAUGGUUAUUUCGAGGUCUUCACACGAUUUGUCUUGUAAUAUUAUUUGACAGUGGCAGACUCUUUAAAAGGUCGGAUAAUAUUGAACCCUGGUCAGAAUUAAACUCGAGACUCUUUUUUCGCGUCAAAAACCGUUCAUUUCAUGUAGAGGUAUAUAUAUUCUGUCGAUUUUCUAUUCUCGCACUGUUCAUUUCCCGCGCAAAAAAGCGCAAAUUUCUGGUCUUGAUAUACUUAAAAGCGUGUGCCUCGGUGAAUGAGUGACUGUCUGCAUAGAACACCACCCACUAGAUGUCGUAGCUAGAAUUUCUAUCGGCAAAACACAUAAGGAAUAUAAUGUUUAUUCAAAUUCGAAACGCGAAAUCUAAAUGAAUUGACCAUUCCGAAUGUUUCCAGCCAAAAAAAUAAACACAGAAAAAGGUAACAACUUGACCAAAUUGAAAUUCAAAGCUGAACUUCUAUUGUUCAGUGAAACUGUAGAAAUAAAAGCAUUAACAAAGAAAAAGUUAGUUUCCUUAAUCCUAAUAAUUUUCUCCCCAUGAGAUGAAUAAAACAGUUCUAAAAUUACUGUGGUUAUUCUGCUUGCCUAUUUUUUUUUUUAUUCUGAAGCCGUACACGGCGGGUUUGCUGCAAAAAAGAUAAUCUCAUUAAUUUGCUAAACCUUUUGUCUUAAAAUUGCGGUCCGUUUUUUGCACAGCGUUUUUACGCCUUUUGAAAUCUAGACAUAUAUCAGCCAAUCGGAGGUGAGAUAUCUAGACGAAAGGCGGUCUCUAUUCUAAAGCUCUCCGAACAUUCGACUGGGAUCUGUUUUCCUCGCCCAAGCGAUUCCCCACAAGCCUAAGUGAUUCCCGCUAAAAUCAAUUCACUAGCGGCUGAAAGCAAACGCUUUGGUUUCUGUGUGUCUAGUUUGGCGCUUUGCAACUCGAGAUUCUUAUCUUAGUUUUGUUCGAUGGCGGCGGACGAUCGUCAAUCCUUGAUGUGUUUUUCUUUUUGUGGAAAUGAGACGUAAUUACAGUGCAGAUUCUUCAGAUAAAUAGACAAAAUAAGAAAAUAAUCCUUUAGCCACGAUAAGAUCUUUGUUGGGGGAGACUGUAUAUGACUCGAUGGUGGACGAUUCGACCUUCUACGCGCUCAUCCCAUAUUAACUUGGAUUGCGAGGAUUUGCAGAUUUGACGGAAAGACGUAUGCUCCGCCUAUCCGAGAAUUUACGCAAAUCAAGAUACAAUUCAAGCCCUUGAAACAAGUCAAAAGAGAAGCUUUAAUACCGACACCUGUUCACAGCGCGCUAAUCCAAGAGAAUAAUACCUCUGUUAGUCCUCGAUUGCUACCGACGUUAGUUGGACCAGCGGGAAAGAACAAACAACACGUUGAAUCUUCUCUCCGAGUUUGUUGGAAAGAUACUGUCACUGGUUUUGCCAAACAUUACUAGGAUUGUUUAGACACGCUGUAAGCACCUCAUUUUUGUACUCUGUUACUGUCAAUUAAGGGAGUAAAAACACAAUGGAUACACAGCGAAAUGGCAGCGAAAUGCUAGAACAAAGAAACUCAAGUCGACCACAAGGCGGGCUAUUUUCGCAGCCUCUUGUGCUUGUCGUCUCGAUGUAUGAAAUCCUAGUAAUCAUUUUUGCUGUUACUGGGUACGCUCUCGUCACGUUCGCCAUGGUUUUGAACCCGCGACUUAGAAACAUAUGUAACUAUUUCAUCCUGAGUAUGGGUCUCGCGGAUGCCCUUAUAGUUAUUGUCAUAGUCCCUGUGAACCUAGGCCUCAUGCUAGACACCUUAAAGUAUGACUCGGUCACCGCGUGUGAGUUCGUCAGUAGCAUCAACUUGAUCGCCAUUGUCGCCGUUUCGCUCAAUUUAUGCUCGGUCAGCCUGGAGAGGUUUCUCGUUAUUCAGUUCCCGUUCGGCUACGAGGCUUUCCUGACUCAGCGGAAAGCAAUAGCGAUGAUUUUCGGACUCUGGGUGUAUGCUAUACUGGUCGGGUUGCUACCUCAGAUGGGUUGGACGAAUGGCAAAACGUACAUCAGUUCACACGGCUCAUGUCGACGCCCGCUCAGCGACGACUACCUCAUUUUCUCGACUGUAGCGCACUUCUGCAUCCCGGCGGCCAUUAUGAUCGUGUCAAACAUCCUCGUCUAUCGCGUCGCCACCACGCAAGCAAGGCGCAUUUUCAAGAUCAAAAUCCAGGCUUCCAAGACUGCGGCGUGCGUGUAUGAUGAGCAGCCGAUUACCGAGGUGUUCCGCAUGAACUACCGCGCCGCUAAAAGAGUCUCCAUCAUUGUGGGGACUUAUCUGAUAUGCUGGUUUCCCCAGAUGAGUGUUCUUCUCGUAGGCUUACACAUUGGAUACAGGUCCAUCCCCCCGGCCGUCUUCCCAAUUACCCUCGCACUACAGUAUACGAGUUCUGCGGUGAACCCCUGCAUCUUCUGUUUCAUGAAUAGAGAACUAAAGGCGACACUUAAGCACGUGUUCCGCUCAAGGUUUCCGUUUUGCAAAAGACUGCUUCGAUUUCCAAGUGAACCUAACGUAGGGAGCGAGUUUCAAUCUACUCCCAGAGACGAGUUGUCCGGUACGGGGUAUUUGUCCGCUCGGUCCGCCCGCUCGAGCCAAUGCACCACUGUGUGACCUUAAACCCGGUAGUGAUUGCUUACGUAGGGAUUGAAUUCCAAUUACAUAUACAUAUCACAGAUACAUAUCCGUUACCGGGUAUUGGUGCUGGUCGAGUCAACGCACCACUUGAAGCAAACUCCGAGAGAAAUUUCGGUCGACACCCAUAUACGGUACCGGAUAUUUUGAUGAAACGGCCUAAUGUGGUGGUUGUUGCUUAAAUUUCAAAGUCAACACCCAUUGGCAAGAUGUCGGCUACCGGAUAUUUGUCAGCUCUGACUAAUCAAUAAAUACAACGCACCACGCGAACUUUGCGCGUUAGUGGGUUACUUUAAUUUCACAGUCGACUCCCAUGCACUAGAUACCCGGUACCGGGAAUUUGCUAGCCCGGUAUGCCCGAUAGAAUCAAUGCGCAACUGCGAAAAAGGCUCUUUAUGAUAGCAAAAGCUUAAGUUAAAGUCGCGGUUUAGGUUUCACUAAAGGUGACGUUAGCUUGAGCUUUACCUCCUAGGAGACAUAAGUAAUUGUACAGGCAAAAGGCAAGAGCUGAUUAUCUCUCACAUCAAUUGUUAGACCAGGUGGGGUCAGGUUUCACUUAAGGCCUACGACGUGAUGUUGAUCUAGUGAGAAGAUAGCGGCCAAUAGUAGCGAGCUGUAAGAACCGUUAGAGCCGAUAUCUUAUCGUCGGAU